AGACGAGAUGGAAACAAAGUCUCCGUAAUCCCAAAGCAUUAGACAGACAGAAGACUUCCCAGGCGGAGGAGCGGGAAGAUUUUUUAUUUAUAAAAAACAAUCAAGGGCCCUUAAUUCCAUGGGGAAAGUCACGGUGGGUCUAUUCUGGUUGGAGCAAGUUGGCAAGGCGAGCCGCGAAGGGUCGCCAUCUGCUUUUGCAACUAGUACGCCCGGAAACGAUCGAGAGGCAUGAGCAAAGAAGCAAUCCUCGUCGAUCUCCAACUGACCACAAUAAAAAUCUUAAACUCGUUCUUAUCCAGGACGUAAACAGCGAUGAUCAUGAUGCUGAUGACCAUUGAUCGCACAGUGCGGAACUGCCCUGCUCGGCUGCUCCCGGGCAAAUUGCCAAAUUGUAUCCAGUAGUGUGCGUUUGAUACAAAAGAUCCAGCGUGGAGUGCUGUGUUGGCUAUAACAGCUGGGCUUGGGAAGGGGGCCUUCUAUCGAAAGGGUACUCACUAAUUUGCGCAGUUGUAGAAACAUGAUUGAUGAAUCCAGCGCAUGCAUGAAAGUGCGUACCAGUAGACGGGCUGGUUUAUGAAUAUUUCGUCACUAGGAUAAGGGGUGGUGUGCUGUGCAGCCAGUUCAAAAGAAGAGGACAGGACAAAUGUGGGUUUAUGAUUCGGGCAUUCGGUGUGAAGAGUUGUUGCCACGAUCGAGGCCCCGUCUGGGUGGUCGCGGAGUAAAAGGCGAAUUUGAGUGCUUACAUUUCAGGUCGAAAUCUUGCUGACCAACGAUGUAUAGCCGUCCAGGGUGAAGUAAACGCGAGAUCAAUAAUGGAGCAUCGCCAGAACGGUGGAUUCGCCCUUGAUUUGUCCUCUCGAUUUCUUAGCUAAACAUCGCUCUCAGACCGCUGGCAACGGAUGGAACGUCCUUCGAAUAUACGUACUCCCUUCGGCCACAAACAGGUGUAUAUUUAGGUUUUGGUCUAAAUCAAACUUUUCUAUAUUUCACCGACUUUGUUGAAAAAAUUACUUCUUCCGACCUAUAUUAGUUGUCUCAAAUUUGACCAAUUAUGGAUGUAUCUAUGUUUAAAAAUCGUCUAGAUACAUGUAAUAUUUCGAUAAGUAAUAUGGAUUGGAGAGAGUAAUUUCAAAUCGGUAUAUUAUGACACUAAAUUUCAAAACGGAUCUAAUGGUACUAAUUUAGUGUCAUAAAUGUUUGUUACUUUUUUCAAUAAAACAAGUCAAACUUUAAUGUCUUUUGACUUAGAACAAAACCUAGAAGUACACGGAGAAAGUAUGCAACAAAGAAUCGGUAAAUAGACGGCUUGCAAGGAAACACUCCACGUGCAUCUGAUGGAAAUUGGUCUCAUAUUUCCAGAAAACCAAUCCCGUGAAUUAUGAUUUGUUUCCGAUCAAUAGACCUUGCAACAUCUUUAAUUUUUAUUUUAUUUUAUUUUUACCAUGGGAACAUAUUCUUUAGUGUGGAAACACGUCCAUGUUUUUUUUCCUUUCACUCGUAGUAGCAUAACAGAGUUAAAGUUCCACAAGUUCAAGUGCUACUAUUUUUUAUGGGAAAAUAUGUACUUUCCGAUCCAUAAAAAGCAUGGAAGAUUUAGUAUAAAGUCAGUACAACUUUGUUCUCCGGUUUAUUUUUUAGAAGAGCUUCUCCAGUUUUUUUUUUUUUGAGGGGAGCUUCUCCAGUAUUUGUGCAGGCUUAGUUUGAGCGUGAAGCCCAAGUGGUGAGCCCGGUAACAGCUUGGCCUAUUGAAUUCUCUUGCCGCGAGACUUGGCCCGUUGAGCUGAGUUGAAAAUACAUAUUGGGCCCCGUCAUGCGUGCGCCGCCGAGUAAGCCCGGGAGGAUACGGCCCAACGAGACCCUUGGACCGGCGGCGGCAAACCGAACGAACGGCCACAAGUAACCUCGUACGUAUCGCCGGGGCAAGGGAGAGCGCGGCCAAGACCCAAGACAGCGCGCGCCACAGCAGCACAGGUGUCGCCGCACCGCCGACACGCGCGCUCGCAUGCGUCCCACGCGGCAAGCUCCAGGUAAGCCCCGCCCCCCACGUAUCUCCACGCACCGCCGCUCUCCUCUCCUCUAUAACCCCCAGCGCCCCUCACCCCGCUCUCUUCACUCUCACUCACACUCUCAACUCCCAGGGAGCUAGCCAGCAGUCGAUUCAGUGCCGUAGACAUGGCUGAUCACCACAGGGACAGGGGCAGCGGCGUCCUGGGCGGCGUAGGCUUCGGCGAGCGCGGCGGCGGCUACGGCGACCACCAGGGCCACCAGGACAACAGCAGCAACAAGCAGCCGGCGCUGAUGACGGCGCUGAAGGCGGCGACGGCGGCGACGGCUGGCGGGUCGAUGCUGGUGCUCUCCGGGCUGAUCCUGGCCGGCACCGUGGUCGCGCUGACCGUGGCCACGCCCGUGCUCGUCAUCUUCAGCCCCGUGCUGGUGCCCGCGGCCGUGGCGCUCGCGCUCAUGGCGGCCGGGUUCGUGACGUCCGGCGGGCUGGGCGUGGCCGCGCUCUCCGUCUUCUCCUGGAUGUACAAGUACCUCACCGGCAAGCACCCGCCCGGCGCCGACCAGCUGGACCACGCCAAGGCGAGGAUCGCCUCCAAGGCCCGCGACAUCAAGGAUGCCGCGCAGCACCGCGUCGACCAGGCCCAGCGGGAUUAGAGGGAGGAGCUCGUCUCCUUGGGCCGGGGCUUGGGCGCGUUCGAAUGCAAGAUACCGCUCUACGGUUGCUGUGGCCGCGGCAGCUAAGCUUUGCUGGCUAGUCGUGUCGGCGUUUAAGUUCUACCUGUCGUGUUUUCCGAUCGAUCGAGUGCGUGUGUUUAGGCUUUGGGUUUGCGUACGUAGUACUGGUACUACUACUAUGUUCCUUUUUAAGUAUAGCAAGUUCCCGUGGUCUGAAGCUGCGUGCGAGAGAGUCUGCGAGUUGGAUGAUGUAUGGUGUUUAUGAUGUGGAAUAAAGUGGCAAAGAGU